AUGGAGCGAACAGAGGGUCAGGCGAAUCAUUGGGAGAAUGGGCGGCGCGAAAGAGGACUCGCAAGCUAUUGCGAUUUCGGCACCGCUCUGGAAACGAACUUAAGGGAUCGUUUCGUUCUCGGCCUGGGCCCAGGUCCAGAACGCGACAAGUUGUUCGAGCAGAAUCCGUCUACACUUACGCUGACACGUGCUAUCGAGCUGGCUGAACAGGCAGCUUGCGCCAAACAGGCGAUGGGAAUGAUGUGCAACAGUGAAGCUAUCCCUUUUAAGGAGGAGCCGGUAUAUCGAGUGCGAGAUCAACGUCAACCCGGUCGGGUCAGUGGUGCUCGGCGGGCAGACGGCGGGUAUUCUGCCUCAUCGCGCUGCGCUGUUUGUGGGAUGCAAAAUCACCAAAACCUGCAGCCUACACUUUGCCCAAAUGUUGAAAAUAGUGUGGAUAGCGGCAGUGGGGAGGAACUAGUUCACAGCGAGGGGCGCAGAGUG